AUGUCUCACAGCGCCGCCCAGUCUAACGUCGGCUCCCGCGCCAUCUAUGAGGCCGGUGACCAGCGCAAUGCGUCCCGGUCCGAGAACCAGGCCACUGCCUACCAGGAGGGCAUGCAGGGCAGCCACAAGAACCUCGACUCCAAGGACGAGCGCUCCAUCGCCAACAGGCUUGCCUCCCAGGGACGCAAGGAUGACCCCUCCCACCACCACAACAACGAACAUAACCCCGAGGCCGAGCUCAGCAAGCAGGACCCGACCAAGCCUGCCAAGAUGCACGGCAACGCUCCCUCCAAGGGUGCCCAGAUCGACGCAGAGCUCCAGGCUGAAGACGAGCAGCGCCUGCGCGAGAAGGGUAUCAAGAAAUAA